GAUUCUGUCAUUCUACAUAAAUCUUGGAACUUCAUUUCACCUCACAGCAUUGAAAAUGUCACUCUUGUUUAAGAGACUAGCGAAGGCUGCGCCGAUCGCAUUUUCUCAAGCUUUUCGUGGCGAAUCCAAGUCCACCUUCGCCGGAUUUCGCUUCCCUUUUGGCGCUUUUGCGGCGGUAGCCGGCGGAGCCUCCUACUUUUACUACUUUUCUUCGCCCAAUUUGGUGUAUUUGGACCAAAUCAAUGAAGAUACAAGCCGCAAAACUGCUCUUAAUCCUAAUCAGUGGAUUGAAUUUAAGCUGGAGGAUAGGGCACCUGUUAGCCAUAAUACUCAUCUGUUCAGGUUUUCAUUUGAUCCCUCUGCAAAGCUAGGUCUGGAUAUUGCGUCAUGUAUCAUUACAAGAGCACCAAUUGGACAACAAGAUGCUGAAGGAAAACCAAAAUAUGUCAUCCGCCCUUAUACACCUAUAUCAGAUCCUGAUGCCAAGGGCCACUUCGACCUUUUAAUCAAGGUUUACCCUGAAGGAAAAAUGAGUCAGCAUUUUGCAAGCCUAAAACCUGGAGACAAAGUAGAAGUAAAAGGGCCCAUUCAGAAGCUCCAGUAUAGGCCAAAUAUGAAGAAACACAUUGGCAUGAUUGCAGGGGGCAGUGGCAUCACCCCAAUGCUCCAGGUCAUUGAGGCUAUUCUCAAGAAUCCUGAUGACAACACUCAGAUCUCGUUGCUGUAUGCUAACGUGUCUCCUGAUGACAUACUUCUGAAAAAGAAGCUUGAUGUGCUUGCAGCAACGCAUCCAAAUCUUAAGGUAUUCUACACUGUAGAUAGUCCAACAAAGGAGUGGAGAGGAGGCUCUGGUUUUAUAUCAAAGGAUAUGGUCGUCAAAGGGUUGCCUCCUCCUAGUGAUGAUACACUUAUCUUUGUAUGCGGUCCUCCUGGGAUGAUGACACAUGUAUCUGGAGAAAAAGAUAAGAGAGAACAAGGAGAGCUGAGUGGCGUACUCAAAGAAGUUGGAUACACAGAAAACAUGGUUUACAAGUUCUGAUAGUAGUUCUGUAGUUGCAACUAGUUGAUUCUCGCAGUUCUCAAAUAAAUGAAUUUUGAAGAAGGCAAACUAAACUCUUUACAGCAAAAUUUGAGAGUUGUAUUGAGCAGAGUGUUUCUAGUUUAGCUUAGUUUUACUUUUUUUGAGGCCUUCCCAUAAGAAAAUAUCAACAGAUUCUCUGAUUUCGUUACUUGAUUUGUGUUUAUCGCUUGUGGGAAAUGCAAAUGGAUUGUGUUAUAUAAGUUUUUUU